CCGAACCCAACUUACCCAAAUUGGCACCACCCUAGCAAGAUACAAUGAUUCAGGUACAUUCAACUGAACACAACCUAGAUUUUGGCUUCUUGGCUGUUGCCUUUUCUGCUUCCUAGUUCUCCAAACGACCAUAACAUCCCUUGAAACAUUGGAGAACAGCCCAAAUUUUGAACCAAAUACCACACCAUUGUUGCAAAGUCUGGCGUUCGGCCAAAUGGAUGCACAAACCGUUUUUUUUCCACGGUCUCUUGAAUGAAGCAUUUCUCGCCAUUCAAUACAAACCGAAGCCAUCCGUUUUUCACUCUCCUCCCCUCAAAUCUCUCAACGAUCAAAGCACUGCAAACAAAAAGAAAAAUAACCAACCAAAAAAAAAAAAAAAAAAAGCUCUCCCCUCUCCUCCAUUCUCACCCAAUCCAUGGCUUAGUCCAAUCCCAAUUCCCAAAAAAGAGCCCUCGCCGGCGUACAGGAAAACUUUGACCCCCCAUCGUUUCCUUGUUUUCCUGUACGCCAUGAAAUCCAUGCACAUUUCCUUGCUCGCUCUCUCCUCCUUCUCCCUCCUCCUCUCUGUUCUUUCCGCCCCGCUUCCGGACACCUACACUCCCACCGACUCCAUCCUCCUGAACUGCGGCUCGUCCGCCGACGGCACCGACGCCGACAACCGGAAAUGGGCCGCCGACAACGGCUCCAAACUCCGCCCCUCCGGCAAUUCCGCCGCGGCGCAGGCCGCAUUCCAGGAUCCGUCCCUCCUGUCCCCGGUCCCUUACAUGACCGCCCGGAUCUUCACAUCGGAGUCCACGUAUAAGUUCGCCGUCUCCGACAAGGACCGCCAUUGGAUUCGCCUCCAUUUCUAUCCAUCCACCUACAACAACCUCAACCCGGAGGAUGCCUACUUCUCCGUCACCGUCUCCGGUGGGAUCACUCUCCUCCGCAACUUCAGCGCGCACGUCACCGCUCAGGCACUGACGCAAGCCUACAUUGUCAAAGAAUUCUCGAUCCCGCCUUCCUCCGAUGGAGCUCUCAGCCUCACCUUCGCACCCUCCGACAAGCACCAGAACUCAUACGCCUUCGUCAACGGAAUCGAGAUCAUUUCGAUGCCCGACAUCUAUUCCGAGCCUGCCGACUUGGUCGGCUUUUCCGAUUCGACCGUGGAUGUCGGCAGAUCCGCGCUCGAAGUGAUGUACAGAUUGAAUGUCGGUGGGCAGUACAUUCCGGCGAGCAAUGAUUCCGGGCUUAGCCGGACUUGGUACGACGACUCGCCGUACAUAUACGGUGCGGGUUUCGGCAUCACCUUCGCCGCUGAAAAGGAUCUCCAGAUCAAGUACCCGUCGGAUGAUUCGAAGUACAUCGCUCCCCUCGAUGUCUACCGGACGGCGAGGUCGAUGGGGGCCGAUAACGCCAUCAACCUGAACUACAAUCUCUCAUGGGUCUUCCAAGUGGAUGGGAACUUCACCUAUGCCGUCAGGCUGCAUUUCUGCGAGCUUCAAUUGGACAAGCCCAAUCAGAGGGUGUUUGAUAUAUUUGUCGACAACCAGACGGCGACUGCCGCCGCCGACGUUCUCGCAUGGACGUCGGAGAAGGGCGUGCCGGUUUACAAGGACUACGCUGUGGCCGUCGCCGGCGGACCUGGGGACAAGCAGCUGUGGGUGGCACUGCAUCCCUCGGUGGCGUCCAAGCCUGAGUACUACGACUCCAUCUUGAACGGCUUGGAGAUUUUCAAAUUGAGCAACGCAGGAAACCUGGCGGGGCCGAAUCCGGAGCCGUCUCCGAUGUCCAGGGCGAAAGGGGAGCAAGAUCGUGAGUUCGGGAAGGACUCAUCGACCAGGACCAAGAUGAUCGGCGGGGCGGCCGGCAGCGCUGCGGCGAUCGGGGUGCUCGCCGCCAUCUGCUUCGCCAUGUAUCAGCGCAAGAAGAGGAUCGACGGGGGCGGCUCUACGGGCGGCUCAGGUUGGUUGCCACUCUACGGAAACUCUCACACAUCGACGAUCUCCGGAAAGAGCUAUGCCUCGAGCCAUCUGUCGACGAUGGCGGCAGGCCUAUGCCGGCAUUUCUCAUUCGCCGAGAUCAAGCAAGCCACCAAGAACUUCGAGGAGUCGCUGGUCAUCGGCGUCGGAGGGUUCGGGAAGGUCUACAAGGGAGUCAUCGACGGGGGGCUGAAAGUGGCGGUCAAAAGAUCGAACCCGUCGUCCGAGCAAGGCGUUCACGAGUUCCAGACCGAGAUCGAGAUGCUUUCGAAGCUCAGGCACAAGCAUCUGGUCUCGCUCAUUGGGUACUGCGAGGACGACGGCGAGAUGAUCCUGGUCUACGACUACAUGGCUCAUGGAACGCUAAGGGAGCACCUGUACAAGAGCGGCAAGCCUCCGCUCUCAUGGCGGCAGAGGCUGGAGAUUUGUAUAGGAUCUGCGAGGGGGCUGCACUACUUGCACACGGGAGCUAAGUAUCCAAUUAUCCACAGGGAUGUGAAGACGACCAACAUUCUUUUAGACGAGAAGUGGGUCGCCAAGGUCUCGGAUUUCGGGCUGUCGAAGACCGGGCCGACGAUGAGUCAGACUCAUGUCAGCACAGUGGUGAAAGGUAGCUUCGGGUACUUGGAUCCUGAGUACUUCAGAAGGCAGCAGCUGACGGAUAAGUCUGAUGUCUACUCCUUUGGAGUGGUUCUCUUUGAGGUCUUAUGUGCGAGGCCAGCACUGAAUCCAAGCCUUCCAAGGGAGCAGGUGAGUCUCGCUGACUGGGCUUUGCACUGCAAGAAGAAGGGAUUUCUCGAGGAUAUUAUUGAUCCAGUUCUUGAAGGAAAGAUAGAUCCAGAAUGCUUGAAGAAGUUUGCAGAUACAGCAGAGAAGUGCCUCUCUGAUCAAGGUGUUGAUAGGCCUACUAUGGGGGAUGUGUUGUGGAAUCUAGAGUUUGCUCUUCAGUUACAAGAACAUUAUGAAGGAGGGAAACCGAUGCCGACCGGAAUCGGUGCAGACUGUAAUUCAGUUACCAGCAGCAGCAGCUUCAAUGGCGGCAGCCAUACUGAAAGCCUUGGUGGAAGGAGCGGAGCGAGCGAUGAAUCUGAUGGCCUAAAUGACAGUGUAGUGUUCUCUCAGCUCAUCAAUCCAACAGGGCGGUAAUAUGUUUCCAUUGUGUUUCUCCCAGCUCAUGAAUCCAGGGGGAUGAUAAGAAUAUGUCUAUAUAAUGCUUGGAUAAAUCAAGAUUUAUCUUCGACCAGUUUAUGUGGAUGAUUUUCCUGGGCGUAUUAGAAAAUCUUUGGUGGUUUGUAUUUUCUUUUUGAUACUUGUCCAUUUUUUUCCUGCACUGUCAGGCUCUUGAAGCUGAUAGCAACACGUAUUUAAUAGUAUAAGCGAAUUCAGACAUUCCCAUCUCAAGUCCUAUUGGCAUCUAUUA